CAGCGUCCGUCGCAUCGUAGCAAAUAAACAGCGUUGCUCGGGACAUGGCAAGACGAUGCUCAAGCUGGCAUUGUAAAAUAUGUCUUCGAUUGCAUAGGUCGAGUUUGCUUACGCGUGCGUGGAAUUGAAAAAAAAAUGAGUGUUGAUCGUUGCUAAAAUUCCGUCAAUAUGUUUGAACUCGUGUUGAUCGUGCUAAAAAUUGCUUUCGGCGCAGUUUCGCAUUUGAUCAAGGGAAAAUUUCUUCAACUGUGGCCUUCAGUGGACCGUCCAGUAGUGUCAGUUCGUCAAGGAAAACUACGCGGAGUAACUGCCAAGCUGCCCAAUGGAUUACGUUACCACUUAUUCAAGGGUGUACCAUACGCUAUGGCUCCCAUGGGGAAAUUACGCUUCAAGCCUCCAGUUCCGCUUGAAAAGUUCGACACUCCCAUGCUCGAGUGUGCAAUGGAACGAAGAGACUGCAUCCAACGAGACUUGUUUACCAAUCGGAUUGUAGGGUCUGAGAGAGGCCUGUAUUUGAAUAUUUUCACACCAGAUUUUGGCGCCAAUGGAGAAAAAAAGUACCCAGUCAUGAUAUACAUUCACGGUGGUGGAUUUCUGGCCGGUUCGGGAAGCAGCUUCUUUUACGACCCUACAUAUUUGGUGCAGGAAGGUGUGAUAGUUGUUACAAUGAAUUAUCGCCUGGGGCCACUGGGCUUUCUCAGUUUCCCCAGUGCAGGCAUCGCUGGAAAUGCAGGAUUGAAAGAUCAACUGCUAGUCUUCAAGUGGGUGCACGAAAAUAUUACCCAAUUUAGAGGAGAUCCAAACAAUGUCACAGUAUUUGGUGAGAGUGCAGGCAGUAUAUCGGCAUAUUUACACUAUCUCUCGGAUAACUCCAGGAAAUACUUCAAUCGCAUAAUUUGCCAAAGUGGAAUUCCUGCUACUGAAACAUUUUUCCAAACAUCUGGCAACGAGAAAGCUCGAAAACUAGCGAAACUGCUCGGCUAUCAUGGCACCUCAGACGACGAAGCAUUGGAAACUUUACUGAAAGCGCCUGCAAGUGCCCUCAUCAAGCAUCAGCACAAAGUGCUUACCAGAGAAGAGAAACGGUCGGGCGUUCAUUUCGCUUUCAUGCCGGUGAUUGAAGAUCUGGACUCUGAUGAUAGCAUCAUCACGCGUACCCCAGAGGAAAUUAUAAAAACAUCAUCGAGCUUCGAAAUGCCUAUAAUUGACGGGUGCAACAGUGGAGAAGGCAUUCUGUCUCUGUUUUUAAUGAACGGAAAAUUUCACUUGGCCAGCACUGAACCGGAACGGUUUGUUCCUCUGUUCAUGGGCUCUUCAGGUGACUACGACAGAGUGGAACUGGGAAAGGAAAUAAGAGAAUUCUACUUCGGUGACAAAUCAGUAGACAAAGCUGCUAGCGAUCACUUGAAUGAUACUAUGGCGGACAAUUACUUCAUUAUGAACUCCGUCAUCAAUGCAGAAUGGAUUGCCAAGUACCAGCCAAAGGUUCCUCAUUAUCACUAUCGAUUUACCUACGAUGGGCGAUUCAGUCUCACGAAAAAGCUUUUUAAACAGGCACAUGUGAAAGGUGCCUGUCAUGGUGAUGACGUUUUCUAUAUCUUUAGUCCACCUUACUUACCGAAACUCCCUGAAGAAAGUGAAGAAUGUUUUAUUCGAAGGACCUUCGUCAAAAUGUGGACUAAUUUCGCAAAACAUGGUGAACCUACACCGGAUCAUGACACCCGUUUGAAUAUCAAAUGGAAACCGGUUGAAAAAAUAAACAAUGGUUCGUCUCCGUUCAAAUUGGACUGUUUGGAAAUUGAUGUCAAUCCUAGAAUGAUAGAGGAUCCAUACCCGGAGCGAAUGCAGUUUUGGAGAAGAUUGUUACGCACACACAGGCGUGGAUUACUGUAAAAUAUUAAACGAAAAAAAAAUAUAUAUCUUGUUUGGUGGUAUCCGUUCAAUUUACUAGUCUUAUGCAAUGUAGUAAAUCUUUCUUCAAUUGCUUAUUCCUAAAUAAAAGAAACCUCAAUAACUUAAUGAACUUGUUGUAUGUAAGAAUAAAGAGUACGUAGGAUGUGAUAAAAUAAAAUUAUAAAUAUUAUCAAAACAGGUUCUUGGCCCAC